CUCGCAAGCAAUAGAGCACUGUGGUUCUUUUUCACGGUAAGUUCAUCAUUUUUAACUCCUUUUUGCCUUUUUUUUUGGCAAAGUACACACAUUGUAAUAUAUUUUAUUUGAAAUAUCUUCUGGUAUUGGUCAAUUGCAGAUGCCCCCCCUGGUAUUGAACAAGCCGGCAGCCGCGGUGUUCGUUCUGAGCUGUGUGUGCGUCGUGCCUCUGCAGAGCCAGAAGGCGGGCCAAGUGGACCCCCUGUCGGUCCCCCGCGCCAACCCGCACUGCUGGGACUCGUCGUCGGCUCUGCUGCUGGAGAUGCGCUUCCCCCGGGUCGCCGAUACGGUGGCUUCCUUCUGGGACCUCAUGGUGGUCCUCAGGUCGUCGGACAACAACAAGCACACGGCCCUCUUCUGGGACCUGGCCCGGGUCUUCUGGGACAACUAUGUGGACUGCAUCAUGUCCAGGAGCCACGGCCUUGGACGCAGACACGUGACCCACGGCCCCUCCCUCAGCACCCACAAGUCCUUAAAGUUGAACGGCUCAGGAGCAAACUUGUGGCUGCGUCUUCGCUUCCGAGUGAGGAGCAAAGGUCACCUCAAAACCAGGAAGACAAAAACAUCUUGAAAAACACACGCUGCUUUGUAAAUAAACACAAAUUCUACUACACAAUACGGUGUUAUGCGUUGUUUAUUGACAGCUUAACAAAGACACUGUCAACAACAGUGUCACGGCCAUCUUGUUUAUUUAUAGCAAUUUGGAAUCAAUAUGUGAAGCUAGGAGAAUACACAUCUGCAAGUGUAAAUUAUAUGUGUGGAGUACCCCAAGGGUCAGUACUGGGACCAAAACCUUUCAACUUGUAUGUUAAUGACAUCUGUAAAGUA